AUGUCGUCGAAAGAGCCAUCCGUCCAUGACAAAACCAGUGCUCCCAGUACCGAGUCAAAGGACUCGGCCGCUCCGUUGCUGAGAGAGUCCUCUGGUGCAGUCACCGGAGCGCUGACUUCGGAAUCAACUUUCGAAGAAACUGCAAUAAAGCCGCGGAAGAGAGACUUUUGGAAGUUGGGCAAGAAGCCGGAGGAAGACAAGCACCAUGCAAAGGGAAAAGCCACCGCUGCCUCGAAAUCCUCUUCCUCUACUGCGAGCCCUUCUACUGGAUUGAAUCCGACAUCACCCAUAAGAUCCCCAGACUCAGUCGGGAGCUCAGUAUCACCCCACAGAGGCUCGAUGGCUCAUCCCUAUGGCAUGCCGGGCUCCCCCGGGUACGGGGUGAGUAACUCGUCGCCCAGACCGCACUCGCCUGCAUCUUCCAUGAUCUUCGAGCGAAAUGUCCAGGAAGAAAUCGCCCUUCCCGAGACGUCCCCACACUUGCCUACUCACGUCCUAAUCGAAAAUCACAUUGCGCCCGCUCUGGACGCAUCUGCGGAGGCCAUCACGAACGAAAAGCUGGACCCCGACACUGUGGAAAUCGUCACUCAUGUCACACAUCAACCGGCAGCCGUGACAAUCUCCGGUCUUGGAGCCGAACAUUCUCUGGCUUCUUCGGUGCAGGAAGACUUCCCUCCCGCUUUUACGCACCGGCAAGACGCGGACACUGGGUCAAAUUACGGCUCCUUGGAUUCAACCGAUGUGCGGCGCCUGAGUUUUAUCUCCUUCGCUGAUGUCGUUCACGGUGAACAGGAGCUUGGAGAUACGCGCCGCGACUCGACCCAUCUGUCGGGGCACCCGUCCCUUGUCCCAGCCCGCUCACCUUCUCCUAUUCGAUCGCCCACUUCUUCGGCAGCGUUUGGAACAUCACCACCUACAAGUGUGACUGCCUCUGUCAAAGGAUUCGAGACAUCUCCCAACCGAGCCCCAAGAGGCGCUGGAAGCCCGCUACCGGGACAGAGCUCACCUCUUGCGGCUGGGAGUGAGAUCAAUGUUGAAACGAUGACACAAGCGCUCCGAAGGACCGGGAGCGGGGAUCUGAGCCAUUUCCGCAGUCCCCCACUCAGCGCAGUGGGCAAUGAUGAUGGCACAUACGAGCGGCCGUUCAGAUGA